CCAAUGAGUAUGGUUCGGAUUCCUUUCGUGAUCGGCGAGAAGGAUAUACUAAUAAAGCAGUUGUCUUGAGGUGUGUAAGAAAAGAUCAAUCCUCAGUAUCAGUUAAAUUGUAUUACCUUCGUAAUGGAAGUGCAAGGCUUGGUUUCUGGGAAGGAAUACUUACUUCCAGUCGGCAUUGUUUUAAAGGCCCUUGUUGACACUAAUGAUCAUGAGAUUUAUGACAAUUUAACAUGCUGCUAUGGAGAAAAAUAUGAGAAGGAAAAGGGAGCUGUUGGCUCACAGCUGGUGGGUGAACGGGCAAAAAUUAUUCUUGAUGAAGUCCGGGACUUGUCUCUUUUCACUCGUUUUCAAUGUCUACAACAUAUUGGGGAGCACUUCCAACCUGUUAUGGAUGGACUCAGAAAAGAAAGUUAUUAUGUUGUUGCUGAAACUGUUCUGAGGGAUUACAUCUUUGUUCAUCUUGAUGACAAUUACGACAAGUUCAAUCUACUCAUCUUUAUGUUGCAGAAACUUUUCUCACUUAUUGAUCAGACUUCAGUGCCAGACAACCCAGACUCCUUGCAGAAUCAAGAAAUCUUACUUCCUGGUCACUUGAUUACCAUUUAUCUUAAGGAAAAAAUAGAAGAUUGGCUACAGAAGGCAAGGAAACUUCUUCAAGAUGAGUUGGAAAAGGGCAGCAAAACUUUUGAUUUCUUUAGCUUAGCAAAUAUAAAGAAAGUCAUUGAUAAAAAUACUUCGAGGAGCCUCAGUGCAGCAAUUGAGGCUAUGUUGAAAACGGAAAGAAUGGUUACCCACUCAGGACUAGAUUUACAGCAGAGAGCUGGUUACACAGUUCAGGCAGAGAGGCUUAACUUUUUACGUUUCAUUUCAUUCUUUCGUGCUGUGCAUCGAGGGGCUUCAUUUGCUGGGCUUCGUACAACCAGUGUACGGAAGUUGCUACCUGAAUCUUGGGGUUUCCUUUGUCCUGUGCACACGCCUGAUGGGGAGCCAUGUGGAUUGCUGAACCAUAUGACUUCUACUUGUCGAGUUACAUCAUAUUAUGAUUCACAAGGAAAUGUCAGAGAUUUUUCAAAAAUAAGAUCAUCUAUUCUCAGUGUUCUAAUUGGGGUUGGGAUGAUGCCCUCAUUGCCUAAGCUUGUUAAAGCUGGUCCUCCUGCAGCUCUAUCUAUUCUUUUAGAUGGUCGUGUUGUUGGAGCUAUACCUUCAAGUGAAGUUGAGAAAGUUGUUGCUCAUUUAAGGAAACUGAAAGUGUCUGCUGCUUCAGUGAUUCCUGAUGAUCUGGAAGUGGGUUAUGUUCCUUUGAGCAUGGGUGGAGCAUAUCCUGGUUUAUACCUGUUUACAUCUCCUCCUAGAUUUGUUCGGCCAGUUAGAAAUAUAUCUCUCCUUCCUGAGGAAAGUCAAAACAUUGAACUCAUUGGGCCAUUUGAACAGGUCUUUAUGGAGAUAAGUUGUCCUGAUGGUGGAAAUGGAGGAAGAAGUAAUGAUUUUUCUGCAACUCAUGAAGAAAUUCAUCCUACUGGGAUGCUCAGUGAAGUUGCUAAUCUCACACCUUAUUCGGAUCAUAAUCAGAGUCCACGUAACAUGUAUCAGUGUCAGAUGGCAAAGCAAACAAUGGGUUUCUCAUUACAAGCUAUUAAGCACCGUGCAGAUCAGAAAUUGUACCAUCUUCAGACUCCUCAAACUCCCAUUGUGCGCACAAGUACUUAUACAAAGUACAGCAUAGACGAAUAUCCAACUGGGACAAAUGCAAUAGUUGCAGUGCUGGCGUACACUGGGUAUGAUAUGGUGGAUGCCAUGAUCUUAAACAAGUCAUCUGUGGAUCGUGGAAUGUGCCAUGGACAAAUAUACCAGACGGAAACUAUUGACUUAGCUGAUGAUGGCAGCAGGUCAGAUCGAAGCCAAAGAGCCUUUAGAAGGAAUAGAGAUAAUAGAUCUAUGCACUCUGUGAUUGAUUCAGAUGGACUUCCAUAUGUUGGUCAGUUGAUACAUCCGGGUGAACCAUACUGUAGCAUUUAUGAUAAGACAACAAACUCGUGGAGAUCUAACAGCCGAAAAGGUUCAGAACGUGUCUUUGUUGACUAUGUCGCUGUUGAUAUGAAAAACAGCAAGAACCUUCUUCAAAAGGCUAAUAUACGGUUCCGACAUACUAGAAAUCCUAUUAUUGGUGAUAAAUUUAGCAGUAGACAUGGGCAGAAAGGUGUUUGCUCCCAAUUGUGGCCAGAUAUUGAUAUGCCAUUUUCUGGAGUCACAGGAAUGCGUCCAGAUUUGAUUAUCAAUCCACAUGCGUUUCCUUCUAGAAUGACAAUUGCUAUGCUUUUGGAGUCUGUAGCUGCUAAGGGAGGUGCCUUACACGGAAAAUUUAUGGAUGCUGGAUCGGAAUCUAAAUCACUUGUCGAUGAGUUUGGUGAAAUGUUGAAGACUUGUGGCUUUAAUUAUCGGUUAUACAGUGGGGUUUAUGGAACCGAACUGACAUGUGAAAUUUUUAUUGGACCACCAGUCUAUUAUCAGCGGCUUCGGCAGGUUUCAGACAAAUUUCAGGUUCGUUCCACUGGAACAAUCGACCAAAUCACCCGGCAGCCAAUCAAAGGAAGAAAGCAUGGUGGAGGUAUCCGUUUUGGAGAAAUGGAACGAGAUUCCAUGCUUGCUCAUGGGGCAGCAUAUUUGUUGCAUGAUAGGCUUCAUACAUGUUCUGAUUAUCAUGUUGCCGAUGUGUGCUCCAUUUGUGGAAGUAUGCUUACAACUUCAUUUAUUCAGCCCCAGAGGCGGGCAGUACGAGAGAUCGGUGGGCUACCCCCUGCGAGAGCUCCCAAGAAGGUAACUUGUCAUGCUUGCCAAACAAGUAAAGGAAUGGAAACCGUUGCCAUGCCUUACGUUUUCAGGUACCUGGCUGCCAUGAACAUAAAAAUGACCCUUCAGCAAAGUAACGGAGCAGAUGUCUAAUAUCGGUGAGUGUAUAGUGUGUACCAUGUCAAAACUCUACACCUUGCUCGGAGAAUUUCAUUCAUUAGCUUUGGUUCAUUCCAGAAAACAUAAUUCCAAGGGGAGCGAUGUCAAUCACAUGCUAUCGCUAUUAUCUGUGGCAGCUUAUGAGAUGCUGUAAUUUAUGCCGUGAUUUUUGUUGUAUGAUUAAUUUUA